AUGAUUCUGUCCAAGUGGCUGGCCACUCUGCUGGGCGGCGCGUUCGCCGUCCAGGGUGCUCUCGCUAUCGAGUUGAACAUCGAUGAUGAGAACUCCCUCAAAAGCGCGGCCAAGACGGUCGCUACCACCAUGAUGAAAUACUACGACGCUCGCGAGUCCAAGGACAUCCCCGGUAAAUUCGAUGGCACUUGGUGGGAGGGCGGUUCCAUGUUCAUGACCCUUAUUCUGUACUGGUACGUUACUGGUGACAGCCAAUUCAACGACGCCAUUCAGGAAGGAAUGUACUUUCAGAAGGGCGACGACAAUUUCUUCCCCAGCAACUACAGUCAGUACCUGGGCAACGACGAUCAAGUCUUUUGGGGUCUCGCUGCUAUCACCGCCGCGGAAUUCAACUACCCCGAACGAGAGGGGGAACCCUCCUGGGUGUCCCUCGCACAGGGUGUCUUCAACACCCAGUACCCCCGCUGGGACACGAGCAGCUGCCACGGUGGUAUGCGCUGGCAGAUUUGGCCGUACCAGGACGGUUACCUGACGAAGAAUGCGAUCUCAAACGGAGGACUGUUCCAGCUUUCGGCCCGCCUUGCCCUCUACACCGGAAACAAGACAUAUGCCGACUGGGCCGAGCGCAUUUGGGAUUGGAGCGCCACGACCCCGCUGCUCAAGCAGAAGAACUGGAACAUCGCCGACACCACCACCUGCGGCACCCAGUGCACGGAUCAUGGCGAUUUCCAGUGGACCUACAACUAUGCCACCUACAUCAGUGGUGCUGCUUACAUGCACAACUAUACUAAUGGCACUGAAACGAAAUGGAAGGAGGGUAUUGAGGGUCUCAUCAAGACCUCCCAACAGUUCUACCCGACCACAGGAUUUAAUGGAGCUGGCGGCCAAAUCCUAUCGGAUAUCACCUGCGAAGGUAGCGGUAAUUGCGAUCGGAACCAGAUCACCUUCAAGGCCUAUUUCACCAACUGGCUUGGAAUGUUGACUACAAUCGUUCCCGGCACCUAUGACCUGAUCUUCCCUCAGUUGAAAACCUCGGCCCAGGCCGCCGCGAAGCAAUGUUCGGGUGGUGAUGACGGUACAUAUUGUGGUAUGCGCUGGUAUAAGCAAGGCACUUGGGACGGGACCAAAGGUCUGGAGCAACAGAUGGCUGUGCUGGGUGUCCUAUCUGCCAAUCUGAUUCCCUUCGCGAACAAGGCGCCAUUGACUGCAUCAUCGGGUGGAACCUCCAAGAGUAACCCGAACGCCGGCACCAAUUCCUCGGACAGUGAUAUCCCCGUAUUGAACAGCAUCGGUACCGGUGACCGUGCAGGUGCAGGCGUCUUGACCGUCAUCUUUGUCAGCGGUUGGGCUGUUGCUGUGACCUGGAUGAUCCGCGGCGGUUAA